AUGCUUCCCAACCUUACAUUACCAUCAAUACCUGAAGAACCUGAUAUGGGUAAUGGAGACCAGAACUGCAAUUCUGUGUGUGGACACACUAUCAAUCCUCCGAGCGACAGCGGGUCAACCAAUCCUACUGAGGUCAGAAUCGCCCCCAAGGAGAUUAUGCGUAGCUUUUAUCCAAGUUUCUCCGAAGAGCUGACAGAUGCCCAGGUCCCAGCCUACGUCAGGUCGCUAGGAGCGAAGGUCGACAAGCUGAUCGCCGCCCUUGAGGCUGCCAAGCUCGAAGUAGCAGAGGCGAAGAUGAAACACUGCAACUGCAAUAUCGGUUCAAGCAAUGACAAGACUAGAAAGACCACUAUGGAUGUCUGUAUUGUCUCCAGCACCCCUGAGGUAGAGAUGGCAAAGAAAGGAGCCAAGAAGGAAGAGGAUGUUCACCCUGCUUUGGAGAAGUCAGAGGUGAACAUCCCACCUAGUAAGAUUUGUAAGACAGACGCGUCCAAACGAUCUACCAGAUGCCAAUCCAAUGAAGCUAGCAAAGAAACGGGACCACACAUGCCAGAGAUUGAGAACACCAGUGUGUUGGGCCUGAGCCUGUCCACCCUCAUUACGUCCCACUUUGGAAAUCUGCGCAAGAGCAUUGCAAUGGUCAACGAGAACGUGGUUGGCAUGCUCAAAACCCAAGACUUUAUGAUGGUGGAAGCAAGUUUCAACGCUGACGGCGAUAUGAUUACUACUAUGAAAUCACAGCGAGACGUGGAUCUCGCACAGUGGAACAGAGAUGUUGAGCGCAUGACGAAAGACUGGGAAAACAAGCUCAUAAAGGAGACUCACAAUCUCGGAUAUCUACAGCGACUCUGGAAGGACUUCGAGCCACCUUCCGACAUCAACACAAACCAACCAAGCACGCACCCACAAUCAUCAGCAACGAUGUGCACCGGACGACGUGGAGAGUACUCGGCAUGCGGUCAUCAAGUAUUGGCCUUGAUCGUUAAAUGCAACAAGCCUGACUGCAUCCUUUGGAUGCUCUCCUGCACCAACAAGAUCGACAAGCUUGAAGGCCAUUGCCCAGCAUGCUUUUCCAACCUACAUGGCUCUGGUGGCACACAGAUGGCCAAAGUCUUGGACAGUGUUGGAGAUCUUGGAGUGAAGCUUGAUAAGUUGACACUGGUCGUCGAGGAAAUGCUUAAGGAGAAGAUCGACGAUGGCAAGACCGACGGGCAUCUCGCGGAAGCCAAGCCAGGAGUUCAUGGUGAUACCGAGGGUUCUACCAGCCAGGAGCUUAACACUAAAGACUCAGACAAGAUCGGGGGACUCGGCUUGAAGAUGGACAUGCAGAUCGCCACCACUGGCUGUGAGAAGUUUAACGCGGACAUUAAGACAGUCAACAACUGGGCCAAGGGAGGAGUUCGUGACAAGGCUGAAGGUUCUGCCGAGAACCAGAAGUCCGGCACCAAUGACUCUGACAAGACCCCAGAAAUCGAUUUAAGCGUGAGCAUGAAAUUCGGCAAGAACUUUGAGAAGUUGAAGGCUGGAAUCAAGCGCGUCAAUCAUAACUGGCAUCAGCUCACCGCGAAGACCGAGGCGGACGUCUUGGCUGGCAACCUCGAUCAGAAUGCCCUUGCUGCUAAUGAACAGUUGCACACCCUUGAGAAGGCUUGGGAGGCUGCUGUGGAGCGGGAGUUCAAGCAGGCAGAAGAGGAUAUGGCUAGUAUCGAUAUUCGCAUGGUUGGAUCUUCGGUCUAA